AUGGAGCUUGCGCAAGUGGAUCCCGUGGAUAGUGACGCUGCUGCUCAGGGCACAAAUGAGAAUGAGAUGCCUGAUGAUAUCGUAAACGACUCUUCAGCUGAUGUGAUUACCGUACCAGGCAUGAGAACAUUUCGAAAGUUUGAUGAAGGUCAGGCACUAUACAAGCAAUGUAUAUCGGUCUUAACUGAUCUAUCACAACGAAAGCCCCAAAAAUUCUCCUUGACCGCAUCAUAUGGUGAUCAAGACACUGACAUUGUCAUAAUACUUUGGCAUUACAUAUCACGAACCCUGUUUUCACGACGUUCACAGCCUAUACCGUCCCAUGCCGAACCAGAACGACUUCCUGCCGAUGUGGAAGUGUAUGAUGAGAGUCUGCAGGUGCCUGACUUUGUCGAGCAUGAUCCUCCACUUACAUCCAGGAUCAAGGCUACACGUGGACUGAUGAUUGCUGGGCUUGGUAUGCAUAAUAAGGAUGCGCUCCUUACGUUAGGUGAUAUGUACUUGCUUGGCCAGUUCAAUCACCCUCGCAAUGCCACUUUGGCUGUAAAAUACUAUAAUAUACUGUCGCGAGAUUAUGGAAAUGCAACCGCACAAUCACGGUUGGGAUUCUUGUAUGCGGCUGGAAUUGGUGUGCCUCGAAAUUACGCAAAGGCACUGGUGUACACAAGUUUUGCAGCAGUGGGAGGAGACACAGCUGCUGAACAAACGUUAGGUUAUUACAGUCAGCUAGGAAUCGCUUCUCCAAAGAAUUGCGAAGAAGCUGCAUUUUACUACAAGAGAGUUGCUGACAAGGCUAUGGAAAGGUAUAGAGCUGGACCACCUGGUGGCCUGCAUCUCCCGAAAACAAGGACGCGACUGUAUGAAGCUGAUGGGGGAAUAUAUCGAUCUGGAGCUAGUGGUCCUGGUAAUCCGAACCAAGGCGGUCAUCAUGGCUAUCACUGGUCUCCGCAGGAAGCUCUACAGUAUCAUCACUACUCUGCAGACAGAGUAGAUGGUGAUGUCACCUCUCAGGUGCCAAGAAAGUUAUUGCUGGGACAAACAUACUAUUCCGGAUCUAGUCACGUAGCUCAAAACUUCACAAAAGCUCUCCACUACUUUCGAAAAGCAGCCAAGCAAUAUCCAGAACAAGCCAUUGCUGCUAUUCAUCAAGCUCAAGCUCGCGGUGAACCUUUACCGACUUUAACUUCAUUACAACAUACCAGAGCAACCAUCGCUGCCAAAGCUGCUGGAUACUUGGGUCAAAUGUAUUGGAGAGGUGAAGGCAUUGAACAGAAUAUUGAUCAUGCUAAAUGGUAUUUUGAGCGUGGUGCCAAACAAGGCGAUGGAGCCAGUCAUACUGGACUUGGUAUGAUGUUUGAAGAAGGUGUUGCUGGACUACCUGUGGAUUUGGUCAAGGCUCAACAUCAUUAUGUGAGAGCUGCUGAACUGAACGAUGCAGAUGGUCGUGUACAUUUAGGAGAUCUGCUACUCAAUCGAAAAAUACCUGAUUAUACUGGGGCCUUCAAAGCUUUUGCUGAAGCUGUCAAACAAGGACACAUGUAUGCUCAUUAUCGUGUUGGAGAGAUGAUGAUUGAUGGGUUAGGGACUCAAAAGAAUUGUCCAGCUGGAGUUGCUUACUUGAAGACUGUAGUGGAACGCGCAGACUGGCAUGAUCCAAUAGUGUUGGAUGCUGAGAAAUCCUACUUGGGAGGAGAUGUCGAAGUUGCUCUGCUCAAGUAUUUGAUGGCAGCUGAACGAGGAUAUGAUUUGGCCCAAAUGAAUGCCGUAUGGUUGAUUGAUCAAGGAAUCUACGACAUAUCGAAAACCAGAAUGUUUUCGAAUGAAACGGAUAUAUACGAAGUAGCUCUAACAUUAUGGAAUCGCGCUGCUAAUCAAGGCAACGUUGAUGCUCGAGUAAAGAUGGGAGAUUACUACUUUUAUGGUCUGGGAACCAAAGGUGAAGUAAAGGAACCAAUAGCACCACCACCAGAGACACCAUUAUCAGAUGGUGGUGAAAUCAAAACGCAUAAUAAUUAUGAUAUCCGACUGGUGUCCCCGUCACUAUAUAUUGCUGAUCUGAUGCAUUCUUUCGGACUGGAUUGGUUGAUGCCACAUGGUCUCUUGACUGAACUCUUGUAUGCUCGAGGUCAUCCAGAUUAUGAAAGAGCUGCCUUGUAUUAUCAAGUAGCAGCCGAGUCUGAGUUCUCGGCUAUGGCUAUGUGGAAUUUAGGAUGGAUGCACGAAGCCGGACUAGGAGUCGAGCGAGACUAUCAUCUAGCCAAACGCUUCUAUGAUCGUUCGCUUCAAACGAACCAUGAAGCAUACCUCCCAGUCAACCUCUGUCUAUUAAAACUCCAUAUCAAGUGGGCCUUUUACAGCAUCUUCUCCCCAUCGUCCAUAGUAGCACCACCGCACAUACAGCCUACUAGUGAAAAGUCAUCAUCUGGAUCUUCCGACUCUCAAAAAACGAGACUUGGUCGUGACGGACUUCCAGGGGAGGAUCCGUAUUUAAAUGAGCUAGAGGAUGAGUCGUGGGACUGGGACUCUUGGUGGGAGGGUGAGAAUGGAGAGGACUUAGCUGAAACUGUUAUAUUGGUUGUCCUUGUGUUGAUUGGAAUUGCAUUGUUUUACUGGAGGCAAGCUCUGAAUCGUGUGGUUGGACCACAACAGCAACAACAGCAGCAGCAACAAGAUCAGUUGAGGCAGCAGUUGCAACAGAUGGCUGCGCCUGGAGGGAGAUAG